UCAAUUGUCUUUUCCAUUCUCCCUUAAUCUCAACAAUCUAAAACAAUAAUAGACUCAUGGAAAACUAUUCUUAUCCAAUUUGGAGCAAACUCACUCCGAAUUCUGAGAACUGAUUUCUAUCAUGAAAACCCCAAACUCCCAGUUGAUAUUUUCCUUUCUUACUCUUCUCUACUCUUAGAUUACCUUUUUCUUUUUCUUUUUCGUUUAUUUUCCUUUUCCUUUUUAAUUGUUACUCUAUCAUUUUUUAUUCAUUUUCUUCCAUUUAGGUUAUUUAAUUAUUCACAUUCACUUUUCUUUUCAACCAUUUUACCAACAGAAUCUUCCAUAAACCAUUACAAUUCCAGGCAAUUCUAAGCAAUACUGGUGGUCAGUUUCUUCCAUAAAUUCAAUCCAAGUUCCAAUUGAGUUGUUUUCUCAUCAUCUGUUAACCUAAAUUCAAGAAUCGCCAAAAGGGAUGAGACCAAUUAGCCAAGAGAAUGAUAAAAGUUCAACUCAAAGUGGCGAUAAAAUCGUUUCUCUAUCAGUGUGUUCAUCAUCCUCCAAGUCCAAAGAUAGUAAAAAUAUCGUGGUCACUAUUCAUUUUCUCGAUGAUUCUGUGGCCACUUUUAAGGUUCAGUCCAAGUCUUUGGGGAAAUGGCUAUUUGCUCAAGUCUGUGAAGCUCUCAACUUAAAUGAAGUCGAUUACUUUGGUUUGAAAUACUUUGAUUCCAAUUCAACUGGAUAUUGGCUCGAAGCUCAAAAGCCACUCAAUCGACAGUUAUCUUUGGACCUUACAGAUCCUCAUAUGUACUUGAGGGUCAAAUUUUAUAUAUUAGAUCCUAAUCUUUUGGAAGAUGAAUUGACCUGGUAUUUAUUCAGUUUACAAAUAAGGAAAGAUUUGGUUGAUGGAAGCUUCCAUUGCGAUGAAAACAUGGCCAGUAUAAUGGCGGCUUAUGUUAUCCAAGCGGAGAUCGGUGAUUAUCACGCUGACCAGCAUGAAGGAAUCAAUUAUGUUGCCAAAUUUAAUUUGAUACCUCAACAAACUCCGGCAUUUGAGAAAAUGGUUAUGGAUAUUCACAAGAAAUUAGAGGGCAAAUCACCGGCUGAAGCUGAUUUCAACCUGAUCGAAACUGCAUCGAAAAGUGAAUACUAUGGAAUCAAGUUUACUGCCGCUAAAAACGUUGAAGGUCGUGCGAUCAGUUUAGCAGUUGACCAUUCGGGUAUAUCGGUUUUCAGGAAACUGGUCAAAGUUUGUAUGUUCUCAUGGACGCAGAUACGAAAGUUGAGCUUCAAACGAAAAAGGUUUUAUGUAAAGUUACAUGACGAUACGAAGACAUCUAAUCAACCAGUCGUUGAAUUUAUAUUCACAUCUCGAGACGAAUGCAAAAACUUUUGGAAAAAGUGUGUCGAGCAACAUACGUUUUUCCGUUGCUGUGAGGCCAAAAAUAUCGAAAAAGUGAAGAAAAAGAUAUUCACUCGAGGCUCUUCAUUCAGAUACGUUGGAAGGACUCAGCAACAAUUAGCCGAAAUGGUCCAUCAGCACCAUGCCAAAAGGAAUUCAUUUGACAGGUCAAAAAGAAGUCAAAAGAAAGAUUUGUCCGAAGAAAAGUCUGUCCAGGAUCCGUCAUCCAUUUCGACCAAUACUUCUGCCAAUGAAGCUAUUAUAUCAAAUUUAUCUCUCUCUGGAAAGUUAAAUAUAAUAGAAUCUUCUAUGCAAGAUCGACCUCGGAGCAUUACACCGACAACGUUUCAGUCGCCGAUCCGAACUCCAAGGAAAAUGUCUUACCAAUCGCCGAUGCCACCAGAUCUGUUAUGUGACACUUUUUAUGCUCGCAAAAGGCGAAACACAAUUGAAGGAAAUGUUGACAGUCCAAUGGUUAUGAUUGACAUUCUUGGUAACAAUCAACCAUCGCCAUCUAAUGAACCGAUUAAGUCCAAUGAAAAUUUACAACAAGAGGCCAUUAAUUCAAUGCCAGAGCCAAUAAAAGCUGAAAUGAAAACUGAGCAAGAAAAUAAACCAAUACCAGAAUCAGAACCAGAACCUGAACCUGAACCUGAACCUGAACCUGAACCUGAACCUGAACCUGAACCAGAACCAGUGAAUAUAAAACAUAAACAAGAAGUUGCCAAAGUUGAAAGAGUGAAAACUGAAACGAAUGAAGAAAAGGUCAAUAAGAAAUCAGCUGAUGUACCGAUUGAAGAAAUUCGAGAUGUAAAUUCUACGUCGAAUUCAGUAGUUAAUCAUGUGGGUGAUGAAAAGGUGAAAAAAGUCGUCGAACGGAAAAGUCACUCAUCAGAAAGAUCUUCAUCUCGAUGCGAAAAUAAACCAGCUAUACCUCAGAAGCCCGACAAACUCGUACGUGAGGCUCGACGGACACCCGAUCACCAAAGUAAAGUUCCACAGACCGCUGAACAUUCCCGACGUUCAUCUCAAAAACGAGUAACUCGAAUAAAAGAGCGCCGAGCCACAUCAGCACCAAGAUCUCGAUGUGAUGUGAACCUUUUUAACGAUUAUCGUAUUCGGUCAAAUAGCAAAACGAAUCGUAUUCUAUUUGCUCAAAUCAAACCACUGACCAAACCAGGUCAGUCUAAUCCCAGAUCACAAUUUAACUUCAGCUGUGUUUCAGUUCACAGUUUACCUGGACUCGAAAGUUAUUCAUAUCGUGACGAUACACUCGACGAUCCCUUAGAUGAGCUACUCAAUCGUCGGCUUCAAAAACUUUCCAACAAUCCUUUGAGCAAUAAAACUACAUCCGCCGGUGAAAUCGUAGCCGAUGGAUCCAAUGGUGAUCUUAAAAGUUCAAAAAGUUCAAUACGUCGUCCAGAUGAAGAAAUGAGUUGUGAAAGUUUAGACCAAUGGGCAUCGGACAGUCAAGACUUUGAAAGUGACUUUGGUUCUGUCGACAUAUCAUCAGUCCAAAACGAGACUCUUGAUCGCGUUAGCGAAUUGAAUAAGAUAAUAAUUGAUUCUUACCUUCGAGCUCAUUUUCCAGAUGAUUCAAUUCUCAACGAUCUCAUGGUUGAAAGUGAAACUAAAUCAGAUCAGCUGAUUAACCUAAAUGAAGAUGAUAAUCAACAGUUAACCGUUGAAAAAAUUGUUAUGCAAAGUAAUUUGCAAACCUUUAGCUGUUAUUGAAUUGACCAGUUAAUCAACCUCAACAAUUAACUUACGCACAACAGUUAAAAUAUUGAUUGUGAAAAUUUUAAAUAAUUUUAAAUACAACGACGACCGUCCCAGGAACCGAAAUGGAUCAAGAUAAUCAAUCAAACUGAUUGAUUGGAAGAGCAAAUUUAACGAUAAUCAAGUUAAUCUUAUAUCGUUGGAAAGAGUCUAUCGUUAAUUGGGAAAAAAUAAUUUAGAGCUUAAUUAUUAUAUGGAAAUAUUUUCUCUCUUGGUAGAGAAACAAUUAAGAAAUUAAUUUUGUCUCUUUUCAUAAUGAAAGGAGACUUUUUAUCAUCUUUAUCAUCAUUCCUAUUCAAUGUGAUAUCAAAUUCAACCGUUAAUUGUUACCUUAAUCACACACCAAUUUAAUCCUGUUAUUUCAUCCAUCAAAUAUUAGCACAUGAUAUUAAUUACUUGUUAAUUUUCAAUUCAAUUUUCAUUUCUAUCAAUCUCAAAAUCAAAUGAACGUAAUUAACUAUUGAUUAUUAUUUCAUCUUAAUUUCAGCAUGAAUCUUGAUUGCAACACUUUCCAAUUGUUGCAAUUGGAAAGAAAAUUAAUUAAUUCAUUAAAAGAUGAAUUUUCCAUUCUCAUCUCAAGUCUAUCCAAUGGUAUUAAAGAAAAGCUCUGAUUGUCGACUGUCUCACAAUUAACUAAAUUGUUGGUAAACAGCGAAAAUUAUUGAACCUAAUCACUUGAAUUAACGGAGAAGUGUUAAAACUCCUAGAAAGAGUUGAAAGAACGAGUGAUAAUUAUUACAAUUAUAAUGCUGAUAAUUAUAUGGAUAAUAAUUAAAACUAAUUAAAAAUAUAAAUAAUAACUGAUUUAGGAAAAGCAAAAAACACCAACACUCUUGAUCCUCUUGGAAACUGAAACAUUUACUUUUUUUGCCAUAAAAAAAACGAGACUUUAAUUUUCGAGUUAACCAUUACGACAAUUUGUUAAUUAGCACAGAAAUUAUCAUAUUCAAAUGAUAAUCUCCUUAACAACAUCAUCUCUCAUCAUAAUCAAACUGGACAAACUAAAAAUACAAAGACGAUGAUUUGACCAAAGGAGUUUACCAUCGGAUAAUAUUCACCAUUAGAUUAAUUUGUUGCAAUUUCAAUCAAUCAAUUAAAUCGGACGAAAAAAAGAAAAGUGAAAUUAUGUUUACCAGAACGAGAUUAAAUUUGAAUUAUCAUAAUGAACAAUAUUAAAACCUGAAGAGGAAAAGGACAAUCACAAUUAAAGUCAAAUUGAUUAUAAAUGAACAUUAUAGUUGAACAAUUAUCGUUGGCAACAAUUGAAUGAGAAAAGAUGAUGGAUAUGACCAAUUAAUGAAUUAAUGAUUAAUGAUAAGCUUAAGGAUUUGUAACCAAGUUGAUUGCAAUUAAUGUAAUGUCGAUAUGUUUUUAAAAGGAUUGGAUGUUAAUUACAAGAUGGACAAUUUAACCAUAAAACCUAAUUGAUACCCAAGAACCUGCGUAAUUACAUGAACGUUUAAUUGAAAUUGUUCUGAUUUUUAUUAAAACCAAACAAUUAUAUUAAAAAGUUAUAGUUUUGUUA